CCUUGGUGAGGCGCACAUACUUCCUUGUUAUUGCUGUGAGAGAGGCGCUGAUUGGCCCGUUAGUACAGAAGGAUGACGGCUGAUAUGAUUGGUGUCAUAGGCGGGGAAGCGGGUUUAUGGCGAGGGGGACCGGUGAAUGACAGAGCUGUGACCCCCCGUGGAUUGUAGGGGGGUCCCCGAGGGGUCACCAGACCAGAAAAGGGCACUGCCAUGGCAGGGAAGGGGGUGAAGCGCGCCAACUGCUUGCUUCUUCUUCAGUGUGAAUGGGACUCGUGUAGCUAUGUGUGUUCCAGGAUGGAGGAGCUGUGUUCUCAUGUCUCUGAUCACCUCCGGCUCCAACAGAUGGCUGUACCGGGGAACAUAGUCACCUGUGAAGAUGAGUUUUGUUGUUCAUGGCAAGGCUGUGGAUUUUUUUCUUUGGAUAGCCCAGCAGAGCUGGCCCGUCAUGUUUAUUUCCACUGUUACCACACCAAGCUGAAGCAAAUGGGACUCCAGGCGCUACAGAAUCAGCCAGAUCUCAGUCCAUGCCAGCUAGAUACUCAGAGCCGAAACAUGAUUCCAGAACUCCAAGACAGCUUUGUAUGUAUGUGGGAACAGUGUGAGUCCUCCUUUGACAAUGCUGAGUGGUAUUACAGACAUGUUGAUGCUCAUGGCCUGAGUGCUGAAUAUGAAAUGGCCGGUAAAGAAAACCGAGUCUUGAUGUGCAGCUGGAAAGACUGUGAUUGUUCCUGUAAAAGUAGAUGCAAGCUCCGGGAACAUUUGCGCAGUCACACUCAAGAAAAAGUUGUUUCCUGCCCCAACUGUGGGGGAAUGUUUUCCAACAACACAAAGUUCUAUGACCAUCUUCGGCGACAGACAUCUUUAGAUCAACAUAGAUUCCAGUGUACACAUUGUUCAAAGAGAUUUGCAACAGAAAGGCUGCUGCGAGAUCACAUGCGGAAUCAUGUAAAUCAUUAUAAGUGCCCUCUGUGUGAUAUGACAUGCCCACUGCCAUCCACCUUACGGACUCACAUUCGCUUCAGGCACAGUGAUGAGCGGCCAUUUAAAUGUGAGCAUUGUGACUACAGCUGUAAGAACCUGGUAGACCUAAGAAAACACUUGGACACACACAGCAAGCUACCAGCAUAUUGUUGUGAAUAUGAAGACUGUAGCUUCACUGCUCGUUCUCUGUGUUCUGUCAAAGCUCACUACAGAAAGGUCCAUGAGGGAGACUCGGCUCCAAGGUACAAAUGUCAUGUUUGUGAGAAGUGCUUCACUCGGGGAAACAACCUCACUGUACACCUACGAAAAAAACAUCAGUUCAAAUGGCCAUCUGGACACCCAAGAUUUAGGUAUAAGGAGCACGAUGAUGGGUUUUUGCGCUUGCAGUUGGUGAGAUAUGAAAGCGUGGAACUGACAGAACAACUGAUGAAAGAGCGGGAGAAGCAGGGUGCUGCAUUGGAUGAAACCUCUGCAUGUCUGGUGCUAAACCAAGGGGGCAGCACUGGUUCUGAAUCAGCAGAUAUGGAGAGGACUGGGAUGCAGAAGGACUACAGAUACCUGUCACAAUGACACGUUUACAGACUACCCCUCGAUGGGGGAAAACCUACAGUCAUUGUGGCCUCUGCCAGGUCAUUAGGGGAACAUUGUGAAAAUUUCGCACAUUCAGGCAUUUUCUGCUCUUUACAACAGACUUGCAGAAUGGUCCUCGUUUCCCUUCACACCUAAGCCAUGUGCUCCAGGUACUGUGCGGAAUCCACCGUAAUACAGAGAAUGACUCUGUAUGUUACAGACAUGAUUUUAUUUAACAUACCUUUCCUAUAAAAACAAUUUUACUUUUUAUUUAUAUUUCAAAAAGUGCACCAUUGUGGACUGUACAAAUAAUAAGCACUUUAUCUGCAGAGUCACGAUAUCUGCUCAGUUUCUCUCCUGCAUUUGUUUUUAAUAUAAACUAUGGCUGGUAAAUGUUCAGCCUCAGCUUUGAUUGUUAAGUGCUGUCACCAAUUCCUCAACCGACAGUUGUAUCCUUAUGGUAAGUUGACUCGGCUAAAAGGUCCAGAAUACUUUAUCUUGAAUAAAAUGUUCAGAAAGCA